AAUAGAACAACAUGUUUAAAAAAGAACAGGCAAGCUUAAACCAUUUGUUUAUAGAUACAAAAACCCUAAACUAUAUGGAGAAGCAAGGAUGAGUAAUGGUGACAUCUCAGGUAUUGAAGAUGCUAUGGAAUUUUCUGAAGGUCUAAUUGGCAAGGGUUAAGCCAAUCCUUAAUCCUUUGAAAGGAUAUGUUUCCCUCAUGGAACCUAGGGAUGGAAUCCACCCCCAUUUACUCAGCAUCCUACUUCAAAGUACAUUCUCACACAUUGUCAUGGUAUCACAUCCAUUUCCCACCUUUCUUUUUCUUCAUAACCCCCUCAUUUUUCCCCAUCAAGUGUUCCGAGUGGGAUCAAUCCCAUGUUUUAUACCUGGUUGCCUGGUUCAAAAUUUUCAUCAACAGCUAUUCCCCUCACUUUAAAGAUUAGUUCAAGGAAGGUAUGUAACCUCAUCAGGAGCCAGGAUGUGGUGAAAUGUUUGCUAGGACUUCUGGAAGAGAAAAAUCUCUCCUUCCACAGAAGAUGCUAGAAGAAUCUUCCCCUCUUCCAUUGAACAUGACUGAAAAAGGGGCGCCUGCGCAAACCAGAAGUCUGGAAGCUCGCGCCAUCGUGCUUUACCUCGUGCGUGCUCUCCUGUCUACCUCGCCUCGUUUCGCCUCAGCGGAAGCCAUGCCUCGCCUGCUUGUUUUUUGUCUGCUUCCCCGCCGUCGCGUGACCCCGCUGGGCCUGCAAAUCGGCCGCCGCCUGACCCGCUUGGAGCCCCGCCGCCGGCAGCGCCCCAAGUCGUCCACGGACACCGUCAUCGGGCUCGUGGUGCUGUUUGCGACCUUCUUAGUGCCGUGUGGUUACGUGCUGAGCAACCUGCGCGAGUUCAGAAGAGAGUAGAUGCGAGAAGAUGCGGAGCGGUUGUUCACAUCCGACGAGCUUCCAAUGAAUUACAGGGCUUAUUGGGGGUGAUGACGCAGCCGUUGUGGGUCUUCAGUUUCGGAACCGUUUGUGUUUGCUACCUGUUUUGCACUUUUCUAGCCCUGUGCGAUACAUGGAGUUUGUGUAGUCAUGUUGAAAUGUUUAAAUAAAGUUGAAACAUUCAUGCAGGC